AUGACUGUUGUCAGCAUCGUGAUGUCCAGCCGACGCGGUCAAACCGCGAGGAAGCGGCCUUUACGGCUACCCAUUAUCGCUCCGAAAGACAAUGUCACUUGCCUGAGCGCCACGCUCGAUCUUCCCGCGCUCAAGAAAGUACCUGCGAGACAGCAUCGUCUCCGCUUUCCACCCCGGUCCCGAACCGGUUGCUGCUGCUUAGUCAAGUGCGACGAAGUUCAUCCUCAAUGCAAUCAAUGUGCUCGCCUAGGCCAUAUUUGUGAUUAUCGACCUCGCUUAUGUUUUCGGGAUGAUACCCGCCGAGUCAUGGAGCGAAUGCCGGACGUUAAAUUGAAUAGCAGUGCUGUCUGGAAUUGUGAGAAACCCCAGCCAAAGCCCGCAACUUCAAUGAACACGCCGAUUGUCCCACUCACGUGCGAUAUGCUUCCCCCCUUCGUCUUGCUGAGUUCGGAUGAAGAGCGGGAGAGAAAAGCCCAGUCAUCCAUUCCCGGGACUUAUCAUGUUGUUGCUAUUCCAGAGAGUUUCUCCAAGUUGCCGGAGUACACGGAAGGCAUAGGAGAUGCGGAUCAAUCCACGGUAUCCCUAAAUUCGGCCGUCGCUUCUGAAAGUGAUCACAUCGAGAACGACACAUGGGCUCACGGAUCAGAUGUUGUGAUUCUGCACAGGUUCCGUGACACAAGAAGACUCCAAUACUCUCACCGCAGAAGUCCUUCGCAGUCUCCUGAAUCCGACCCAGGCAGUUCAGUUUUGUCUAUUGUAUCAGUACCUGAGCCGGUCUCCGAUCAAAUGGGACAUGGUUGGCAACAUGCCUCAGAACAUAUUGAUCAAGGCCAACAGGAUCUCAUACUUUUGAAUCAUUUUCGCCGUGUUGUUUGUCCGCAAUUGGCCAUCGGUGUGGAUGCGGGCAGUGGCCAUGGUCUGACUGCCGAGCUUCUCGAGCAGGAGACUGCCAGUUUUCCUCCGCUCUAUCAUGCAAUGGCAGCGGUAUCCGCAGUCAGCCUCGCCCGCCAAAACACCCAUCACAACUUAGACCCUUCUCAGUACUAUCAUCAUGCAAUUUCAACUCUACACAGUAGAAUCCAGAGCAAUGAAGAUCUAUUAUCAGACGGGAGCUUCUUCUCACAUUUUUUCCUGCUCGUAUAUGAGGUCAUGGCUAGCAAUUUUGCCAAUUCAAGUCUUUGGACUCACCAUGUUUCCCAAUUACUUCAUAUCUCUUUACUUCGGCAGUCAAUUCCUGGUGCGGAGGCAUUUCCGUCUAUUGUCUGGUGGGUUUGCAAUGUGGAUCUUUACGCACUCUUCAGCGGUGCUGGCACUGGCGAGUACGUGCAAGCUGUUCUCAACCACCAGUUGCUCCUCGAUCCGAAGUCACUCAUGAAUACUGUCGGGCUUGAUAAAUCGAGCCUGUUAUAUGCCGAUUAUGAUGGUAUUUCCACACUUUCGCGACUAUAUUAUGAUACCUUUAUGCUGGCUGUUCGCCUUGGGUCGCUCUCUGCCGAGUGUAAAAGGACAAGAUCGCAGUUCUUUGACCCGAGGCUACAUUCGCGUGAACAGGAGGUCGAGCACAUUCGCGAUGCCUUGACUAGACUUUGGGAACAUCAUGAGAUCCAAUACAUGGUCCAUAAUCAGGCUAGCCUUUCAAGGAGGUCGCAUGAUAUGCUCCAGCAGAUCUCCAUCCUUUUUCAUACUUGUCUCCUCUUUUCCCUUACAAGUGUAUACCCUGGACAAUGGCUUGGGCCCAGUGCCGUGUCAGAGGAAAUCGUUCACCAUCACGCUGCCACGAUCAUUCAGUUGUCUUCAAUGCUUUUGAGUCGAGAUCGUCGGGGCGACCAGCCUUUUAUUAUUUUCCCUCUUUUCUUGUCGGGAGCAGUCUCUGCGUCGAGCGGUCUCAAGAUGUUGGCUUUGGAAUUGCUUUCUGGUCUCGAGGAGAUAGAACCAGGGGCCAAUGCAGCAACAGCGAGCCAUCUCCUGCAAGUCAUCUAUGACCGCCAGAUCCAACAUUCAAGCCGUGGGGAGCAUGCCUUGGGAUACAGUUGGGUUGAGGUACUAGCCGAGCAUGGGCUACAAUUGGUUAGUCACGGAUGA